CCUUCCCUUGGAGCCCACCUUUCCUAGACCAGCCCUUGCAGCUCUUGCUUAAGGAAUCUGACACUAUAACCCUGUAUGGUCAGAUAAUCCCUGUGAAGGUGGCCUUGCUUCAGGAUCCAGGCCAAAGGGGAUCCCAGUCUCCUUCCAGGCUGGGACCCCAGGUUUUCAGUCUGCCCUGGAGGCCAGUGCUGUUGAGCCCAUCUCUGGGCUGGCGGCACACCCUCUCUUUUCUUCUCCAAAGACUGGGGCAUAAUGGACAAUAGCUCUCACCCUCUAUUUAUGGGCAGCUCUGGCUGAGUCAGCAUCUGCCCUCUCUGAUCCCUCAUUGCCCCCUUUGUCUUAGUGAGUGUCCUCUCAUCUCAUUGGGUUGUUAAAAAUAGCUGCCAUUUAUUGAGUAUUACUAUGCAGACACUUGGAUGUAUUUCUCUUAUGUAAUCUUGGCCACUACCUAGCAGAAGAGGAGUUUUGAUGCCCAUCCUACAGAAGAGAAAACAAAGUCAGACUUGAAUAACUUGUUCAAAGCUCCUUGGAUGGCACAAAUGGGACCAUGACCUUGGGCACCCCCAGGAGGGGCCUUCUGAUGUUACUGAUGGCCUUGGGCCUGACCCAGGGCAAUCCUGUGAAGCCCUCUCAGGGCCCACUGGUGACCUGCACGUGUAAGAACUCACAUUGCAGGGGGCCUACCUGUCAGGGGACCUGGUGCACAGUGGUGUUGGUGCGGGAGGCGGGCAGCCAGCCCCAGGAACAUCGGGGCUGCGGGAACAUGCACCACGACGAGUUCUGCAAGGGGUACCCCACUGAGUUCGUCCACUACCACUGCUGCUACAGCCCCCUCUGCAACCACAACGUGUCCCUGGAGCUGAAGGCCACCCAAACUCCUUCGGAGCAGCCGACAGUAGAUGGCCAGCUGCCUCUGAUCCUGGGCCCCAUGCUGGCCUUGCUGGCCCUGGUGGCCCUGGGUGUCCUGGGCCUGUGGCAUGUCCGUCGGAGGCAGGAGAAGCAGCGGGGCCUGCGCAGCGAGCUGGGUGAUUCCAGCCUCAUCCUGAAGGCGUCGGAGCAGGGGGACAGCAUGUUGGGGGACAUCCUGGACAGUGACUGCACCACAGGCAGUGGUUCGGGGCUCCCCUUCCUGGUGCAGAGGACAGUGGCACGGCAGGUCGCCUUGGUGGAGUGUGUGGGCAAGGGCCGCUACGGAGAGGUGUGGCGUGGCUUGUGGCAUGGUGAGAGUGUGGCCGUCAAGAUCUUCUCCUCGAGGGACGAACAGUCCUGGUUCCGGGAGACCGAGAUCUACAACACAGUGCUGCUCAGACACGACAACAUUCUAGGCUUCAUCGCCUCGGACAUGACCUCCCGCAACUCCAGCACGCAGCUGUGGCUCAUCACGCACUACCACGAGCACGGCUCGCUCUACGACUUUCUGCAGAGGCAGCCGCUGGAGCCCCAGCUGGCCCUGAGGCUCGCCGUGUCGGCGGCCUGCGGCCUGGCGCACCUGCACGUGGAGAUCUUCGGCACGCAGGGCAAACCGGCCAUCGCCCACCGCGACCUCAAGAGCCGCAACGUGCUGGUCAAGAGCAACCUGCAGUGCUGCAUCGCUGACCUGGGCCUGGCCGUGAUGCACUCCCAGGGUAGUGAUUACCUGGACAUUGGCAACAACCCAAGAGUGGGCACCAAGCGGUACAUGGCACCCGAGGUGCUAGAUGAGCAGAUCCGCACAGACUGCUUUGAGUCCUACAAGUGGACCGACAUCUGGGCCUUUGGCCUGGUGCUGUGGGAGAUCGCCCGCCGGACCAUUGUCAAUGGCAUUGUGGAGGACUACAGGCCACCCUUCUAUGAUGUGGUGCCCAACGACCCCAGCUUUGAGGACAUGCGGAAGGUGGUGUGUGUUGAUCAGCAGACCCCCACCAUCCCUAACCGGCUGGCUGCAGACCCGGUCCUCUCAGGCCUGGCUCAGAUGAUGCGGGAGUGCUGGUACCACAACCCCUCUGCCCGACUCACUGCGCUGCGGAUCAAGAAGACACUACAGAAAAUCAGCAACAGUCCAGAGAAGCCCAAAGUGAUCCACUAGCCCAGGGGCGUCUGACUCCCCUCUGCCUGCAGUUGGGGCAGGAGUGGGGGAUGGAUGGUGGCCUGUCUGGGUAGAGGUAGUGUGAGUGUGUGUGCUGGGGAGGGGGUGCCCCUCUCUGGGACAGCUGUGCCUGCCCAGCUCGGCCCCCAGCCCAUCCAGCCAAAAAUACAGCUGGGCUGAAAUCUGA